AUGCCGCAAGAUCUCAAGAAGCUGAUGCCCCAGGCCAAAAUGUAUCGGUCGGGGCCCUACACGUGCGAAGCUGCGAAUGCAGAAAAGGUAGAAGGCGAGACGGUCCCGCGCCGCAACCUGGCCGCGAAAGAAGGCCUGAUAAUGAAGCCCCACGACAACGUAGCCACACUGUACGACGUUCUGCGACACUCAGCCGCCAAGUUCGGAAACGCAAAGGCAGUCGGUGCGCGCAAAGUCGUCAACGUACACGAGGAGACGAAGAAGGUCAAGAAGAUGGUCGAUGGCAAGGAGCAGGAGGUAGAUAAGAAGUGGCAGUACUUCGAGCUCAGCCCGUACAAGUACAAGAGCUUCGUCGAGUUUGAGAAGAUGGCUCUCUCGGUGGGCUCGGGACUCAAGUCGCUCGGCUUCAACCCACAGGACAGGCUGCAUCUGUUCGCCGCGACAAGCAUGCAAUGGCUUGCGUCCGCACAUGGCGCCAUCUCCCAAUCCAUGGCCAUUGUUACCGCAUACGACACACUGGGAGAGGAGGGUCUCAAGCACUCCAUGCUCCAGACCAACGCGAAGGUCAUGUUCACAGACCCAGAGCUACUGCCCAGGCUCGUCAACCCAAUGAAGGAGGCCAAGGAUGUUCAGGUCGUCGUGUACUGCACCAAGAACGACCCCAAGCAGAAGGACAUCGACACCCUCACCCAGGCCCACCCGCACUUGAAGGUCAUAAGCUUCGACGACUUGGUCAAGAUGGGCGAGCAGAGCCCUGCAGAACCCAUCCCACCCAAGGCCGACGACCUGGCUUGCAUCAUGUACACGUCCGGAUCUACAGGUACCCCGAAGGGAGUUAUGAUCAAGCACCGUAACGUCGUUGCUGCUAUUGCUGGUGUCGACGUCAUCGUUGGCAAGUACCUCGGACCAGGCGAUGUUCUCAUUACCUACCUUCCCGCAGCGCAUAUUCUCGAGUUUGUCUUUGAAAAUGCCGUACUCUACUGGGGCGGUACUAUGGGUUACGGAACCAUCAGGACGCUCUCAGACCAGUCGGUGCGCAACUGUGCCGGUGACAUCCGUGAGCUGAAGCCGACUGUUAUGGUCGGUGUGCCUCAGGUGUGGGAAACCAUCAAGAAAGGCAUCGUCAACAAGGUUGAGGCAGGAGGCGCUGUCAAGAGUAACAUGUUCUGGGGCGCGUACGCUGCCAAGGGCUUCCUUCUUGGCUCAGGACUACCUGGCAGCGGUAUUCUUGACGCCAUCGUCUUCAACAAGGUCAAGGAAGCCACCGGUGGCAGGCUCCGAAUUUGCAUGAACGGUGGUGGACCCAUCGCGAAGGAAACCCAGCGCUUCAUCUCUAUCGCCAUUACGCCCAUGAUCAGCGGAUACGGUCUGACUGAAACCUGCGCUAUGGGUGCGCUCAUGGACCCCUUGGCUUGGAACGAGCAUGCUCUCGGCGAAAUGCCUGGUUCGGUCGAAAUGAAGCUCGUCGACUUUGCAGACGCCGGCUACUUCUCCACUAACAACCCACCCCAAGGAGAGAUCUGGAUCCGUGGUGGUGGUGUUGUGGACGGUUACUUGGACAUGCCUGAGGAGACGAAGGAGGCGUUUACCGACGAUGGCUGGUUCAAGACUGGUGACGUCGGAGAGUUUAAUGCCAACGGUGAAAUCCGCAUCAUCGACCGUAAGAAGAACUUGGUCAAGACGCUCGCUGGAGAGUACAUUGCGCUUGAGAAGCUCGAGUCUGUCUACCGCUCAGCGCCCAUUGUUGCCAACAUCUGUGUCUAUGCUGCGGAAGACCGUCAGAAGCCUGUCGCUAUUAUCGUGCCUACCGAACCGCAACUCAAGAAGAUUGCAUCGGCAGAAGGCGUCAGUGGCGACUCUCUGGAGGAGCUAGUUCACGAUAAGAAGAUUAACUCUGCUGUGCUCAAGCAAUUACAGCAAGCCGGCCAAAAGGGCGGCCUGGCUGGCUUUGAGAUGAUUGAGGGUGUUGUAUUGGCAGACGAGGAAUGGACACCACAGAACGGUCUCACCACUGCUGCACAGAAGCUCAACCGCAAGGGCAUCUUGAAGCAAUACCAGAAGGAAGUUGACCAGGCUUACGGCAAGUCGUCGUAG